AUGCUCAGUGUCUCGUGUUUUGUGAAUUGCUUAGGUUGCAAAAUGAAUCGGCAGCCAAUGAAGUCCUUGCAAGCAUUCAAAACUACUUCAGAACACAACCUUUUGAAUUUAGGGGUGCGCAAAUCAUAACUGGGCCAGAGGAAGGGUUGUAUGGAUGGAUAACGGCCAACUAUUUAAUGGGCAAUUUCUUAGAGAAAAACCUUUGGAGGACAUGGGUUCAUCCUUACAGAAAAAAGACUAUGGGUGCACUGGAUCUUGGAGGAGCUUCCACUCAAAUUUCAUUUAUUCCAGAGGACUCUCAGGAGCACUUGAAUAACACCUUGCAAGUGAAGUUGUAUGGUUACAACUACAAUGUCUACACUCACAGCUUCCAGUGCUAUGGGAGAGAUGAAGCUGAGAAAAGGCUUUUAGCAUUGCUGCUCCAGAAAUCAACUGCCAGUUCCAAUGUGGAUAAUCCGUGUUACCCUCGAGAUUAUAAUACUGCAUUAACAAUGAAGUACUUCUCUGGCAGCCUUUGUACACAGUCUCUGAGACCAACAAAUUACUAUGCAAGCCAGAUUGUGAAUUUCCAUGGAACAGGAGACCCAGGUCUGUGCCAGGAGAUGGUUUCUUUACUCUUUAACUUCACUGCUUGCAGGGACAGAGAAGACUGUCCGUUUAAUGGAAUACAUCAGCCGAAAGCUACAGGGAGUUUUGUGGCUUUCUCCGGGUUCUACUAUACAAUGAAUGCUUUGAAUUUAUCUGGGCACUUUUCCCUAGCUGACUUCAAUUCAAGCAUGUGGUUCUUCUGUUCACAGAGCUGGACACAGCUCCAGUCUGUGCUGCCUAAAUUUGAAGAAAUAUAUGCUAGAUCCUACUGUUUUUCAGCCAAUUUCAUUUAUUACUUGCUUGUCCAUGGUUACAACUUUGAUGCAGAAACUUGGCCACAGAUACAUUUUCAAAAGGAGGUUGGUAACAGCAGUAUAGCAUGGUCACUGGGUUACAUGUUAAGCCUCACGAACAUGAUUCCAGCAGAAGGCAAGAUGAUCCAAUUACCUCUGAAACCUUCUUUGUUUGCUGGGCUCCUCAUCUUCCUCACAGCUAUGGCACUGUUGUGUCUCCUCUUCCUUGUUUACUUGUGUAUUGUGUCACGUAAUCGGAAGAACAUCACCCAUGUUGAACACAUAUUUAUUCCAGAAUAA